AUGACAUCCUGUCUGAGCACCUCCACGGGCAGCCUGCCCUCAUCUCCUGACGUUCCGAUGUUCCUCCCGCCGCGGAGCACCGCCAAUGUGACGCUGAAGUUCCAGGAGGACGUGUCCGCCGCCUACGAGUCCCUCUACCGGGAGGGCCGCCUGACGGACGUGAAGAUCGCCAUCGGCGGCAGCGAGUUCAACGCGCACAAGCUGGUCCUCGCCUCGCAGUCGCCCUUCUUCGAGACGAUGUUCUUCAAUGCGCACAUGCUCGAGUCCCGGGCGGAGGCGGUGACGCUGAAGGAGACCGACGCGGAGAUCUUCGCCCUCCUCCUCAAGGUCGUCUACGGCGGCCGCCUGGAGGAGUCGGAGAAGAUCGGCGCCGACCUGCUGGUCCGCCUCUACGAGCUCCUCCAGCGGUACCAGUUUGAGCGCUUCGAGGCGACGCUGCUGCAGGAGAUCGCCCGCAAGCUGCUCAGUCCGGCCAACUUCUGGCAGUUCCUCGACGUGGCCGUCUACUACGACGUGAAGGCAGUGGUGGAGCUCUGCUUCGACUACCUUGAGUCACUGGCGCAGUGCGCCAGCCAGGGCGGGAAGCACUGCACCGCCUCCGGCGAACAGGCGGCCCUCUUCUCCAGCGCCCACUUUGUCAGCAUCUCACAUGACACGCUGAAGGUGCUCCUUAAUGAGAACAUUACCUGCUCGGAAAUGCGUCUGCUCGAGGCCACCCAGAAGUGGAUCGACCACAACGGCGCCUCCAUCACCAACAACGAGAAGCUGCUGCUGCUGAAGGCCAUCCGCCUGAACAUCAUCUCCGAACCGGAUCUGGUGAGCUCGGUCAGCUUCAACGACGUCGACUACAGCGACCUGGUGGAGGCGCUGCAGCUGAUUCAGCACCGCUUUGACAACAUCAUCGACUUCUACAUCCUCACCAACUACGGCGUCAGCAAGGGCUCGCUGACGUACUACGACACGCGCGAGAAGGCCAAGCGGGCGAUAGUGAAGAACCGCUCGCUGGUGAUCGCCAACUACAACGUCUGCCAGGAGGACUUUGGCUUUCACAUUAGCAGCGUCAGCGAUCGCGCCAACGUCGGCUGUCCGCAGCAGUUUGAGUGGUUCACGCCCUCGGAGGCGAAUGACAAACCCGUUGAGAUCACCAUCUGCCUGGGCUUUCCCUUCCUCCUCAACAUCAUCGACGUGGUGCUGUCGGAGGCGAAGGGCGACAAGUACUCCUACGUGGUGGAGUACUCCGUGGACGGCUUCAACUGGGCGGUCCUCUUCGACUACCGCCACUACGUCUGCUCCAACCACCAGACCCUGUACUUCAACCCCAUCGUGGCGCGCUACUUUCGCCUGAAAGGCUUCCACCAGACGCGUCUGGAUGAGCGCACGCGAAAGCCCUUCCGCGCGGUGAAGUCCUUCAAGGCGCUUUACAACACGCUGAACGCGGCGGUGGACGUGCGCGUCUCCGACGGCGUCAUCAGCAGCGCCUUCUACACCUGCCAGAUUAAGCACCGCGUCUACUGUGACUACUCAGGGACGCUGCCCACCACCGAGGAGCGCUACUACGCGCAGAAGUGCAUCGGCGGAGGAGGGGGAGGAGGUGGCAAGGGAGGAGAGGGAAGUCCCUGUCCGCCCAUGCCCAACUUCAGCCCGAUCGUCGGCGAGGGCUGCGUCUUUCGCGGCUUCAAGCCGGUGCUGGUGCUCUUCGACCAGCCAAUCGUCCUCUCCGCCUUCACCUUUCGCCUGUACGACCACGACCCGGCCGUCUCCUACAGCUACCUGGUGGACAUCUACAACCAGGGCAGCAAGGCGGGGGCGGCGGGCAGAGGCGGAAGCUCUGGUAGCUGGGACUGCGUCGCCGACCGCUCCACCGAGAAGUGCUCCGGCUGGCAGACCAUCGUCUUCAGCUCACGACCGGUCAACAUCAUGCGCAUUGUGCCCAUUGCCGUGCACGACUCGCCCGUCGACGAGUUUCGCAUUCUCAAGUUCAACUUUAAUGCCAAGGUUUAG